UUUUGGAGUGGUUUUUCAUGCUUUUUUCUGUUUGUUUGUUUGGAUGAAUUUGUAUUUGGAAGACAUGAUUCUGAUUGCUUCAGUUUGGAGUUUGUAACGGCAUGUUGGCUCUGGUUCUGGAAAUUGUUUCUCUGUUUCUAUGAAACGAAGAGCUGGAAGUUGAUUGGGAGGAUUUUUUUUUUUUUUUCCGGGAAAUGUUUUCUGGUUUUUGUUUUCGGAGAUGAACUCGGCUUUUAGGUGAGAAAUGGUGAGUUUGGUUUCAGUUUUCAGUUCGAGAAAGACGAAACGGCGGAAAACAGAGUGUUUUGAAUGCUUCAGAUUUCUCUGCCAUCAGAUCCGAAGAGUAGAUCCUAUCUCUGCAGUCUUUUCUUUGGAGCUUGUUUGUUUUGUGGUGUUUACUUCAUUGCAAGUGAAUUUACUGUCAAGGAUUACAAAGAAAGAUCAUCAAGAUGGCAGAUCAGUGUUUUUCAAAAUGCACAUUCUAAUAGCAUCCAGAAUACUCAAUCUAGUAAAUGCAAGAACCAGUGCAGGCCAUCUGGGAGUGAGGCAUUGCCAGAAGGAAUUGUUGUCAAGACAUCUAACCUGGAAGUGCAGCCCUUAUGGGGUGCCACUCUGAAUGGUGAAAAGUCAAGUCCUUCAAAGAGCUUGUUAGCUAUGGCAGUUGGAAUAAAGCAAAAAGAAAUAGUGAACCAAAUUGUAGAAAAGUUUAUUUUAAGUAAUUUCGUUGUUAUGCUUUUCCAUUAUGAUGGUGUCGUGGAUGAAUGGCGAGAGUUUGCAUGGAGUGACCAUGCCAUACAUGUGACUGUAGUGAAUCAAACAAAAUGGUGGUUUGCAAAACGCUUCUUACAUCCAGACAUAGUUGCUGAAUAUAAUUAUAUUUUCCUUUGGGAUGAAGACCUUGGGGUUGAGAAUUUUCAUCCAGGACGAUACGUAUCUAUUGUUGAAGAUGAAGGACUUGAAAUAUCUCAGCCAGCCCUUGAUCCUAAGAAGUCACGGGUUCAUCAUCAAAUUACUGCACGUGUGAGGAAUUCAAGAGUGCACAGAAGGACAUAUAAACAUAGAGGCAGUGGAAGGUGUGAUGACCAAAGCACAGCUCCUCCAUGUGUAGGUUGGGUGGAAAUGAUGGCACCUGUCUUCUCAAAGGCAGCCUGGCGAUGUGUGUGGCAUAUGAUCCAGAAUGAGUUGAUACAUGCAUGGGGUGUGGAUAUGCAGCUUGGUUAUUGUGCACAGGGUGACCGGACAAAAAAUGUUGGUGUGGUUGAUUCAGAGUAUGUAGUUCAUUUGGCUCUCCCUACUCUUGGCGUCUUGGAUGAAAACGAGUUACGUGGCGAAGGACAUGAUCAUUCUUCUCAAAGGGAAAAGUUGCCAAAAUCAGUAGCUUUAGCACAAUCUGAGUUCCACAAAGUUGAUAAUAGAUCUGCAGUGAGAAGAGAGUCCUUCAUUGAAAUGCAGAUUUUCAGGAGUAGGUGGGCAAAUGCAGUUAAGGAAGACAAAUGUUGGGUCGAUCCAUAUGCACAACCAGCAGAAGACAUCAAACAAUAGUUUCUAUUUUAUACAGCCUUUCCAACCAAUUAAAGAGAGAUCACUCUCAUAUACAAACCAUAGAAAUCUCAAAUACACAUCACUGUGCAUACAAUUUUUUUUGGGGUGGACUGCAACCUACCAAAGGAGCUGAUGUCAAAAGGAUCAAGUCUUACAGAGAGUCCAGUACAUGAAAGAACUGACCAUCACAUUAUGGGUAGUCAUUACACUGAAUAUUUAUUGUGCCCUAGCCAGGAAUAACCACUUCGGUUUCACCUUGUAAGUAUUCAAUUCUUUCCCUAAAUUAUAGAAAGGAAUUCUCCAUCUACUGAUGGGAAACAGUUGAUAUUACUGGGUUUGAGGAAACAUUAGUUUAGUUUAUUAAUCACAGUUUUCACUGUUAUAGAAGCUUCUUUUAUAGCUAGGAAGUGUUGUAUAAUUCUUCCUCUCGGGUUUCUUAAUGUAUUUUGUGUAUGCUGUAUGUU